AUGUCGCGUACUUUCUUUGUCGGUGGUAACUGGAAGAUGAACGGCUCGGUGGAGCAGUACCAGAGCCUCAUCAACAACUUGCUCAACGCCAAGCUGGACUCCAGCGUCGAGGUGGUCAUUUCGCCACCAUCGCUCUACUUGCUCCCUUCUCAGAAGCUCUUGGAGGGCAAGAACAUCGCCCUGGGUGCCCAAAACGCCUACUUUAAGCCAUCUGGCGCCUUCACCGGUGAGAUCUCCGUGGCUCAGCUGAAGGACGCUGGUAUUCCGUGGGUCAUCCUCGGCCACUCCGAGCGCCGCUCGAUCUUUGGCGAGUCGGACGAGCUGGUCGGCCAGAAGACGACGGCCGCGCUUGAGUCGGGUCUCUCUGUGAUUCUGUGUGUCGGUGAGUCGCUCGAGCAGCGCGAAAAGAACGAGAGCGUCAACGUCGUGAUCCACCAGCUCGAGACGGCCACCAAGGACGUCAAGGACUGGGGCAAGAUUGUCAUUGCCUACGAGCCAGUCUGGGCUAUUGGUACUGGCAAGGUGGCCACGGCCGAGCAGGCUCAGGAAGUGCACGCUGCUAUUCGCCAGUGGCUCGCUAAGAAGGCUGACCAGAAGGUGGCCGACGCUACUCGUGUGAUCUAUGGUGGAAGUGUUGCUGCCAAGAACUGCAAGGAACUCGCCUCGCAGCCUGACAUUGACGGCUUCCUCGUUGGUGGUGCUAGUCUUAAGCCCGAGUUUGCCGACAUUGUCAACGCCCGCCUGUAA